AUGGAGAAUGACACAGAAAAGGGAGUCCCUAGCUCCAGGAAUUCGCUAUCCGACGAAGCGCAUAACAGCAACACAGAGGUUGAGUUUGCGCCAAUCCGCUCAGUAAAAGGGGCCCAGCUUUCAAGGCCGACGUCACAGCAGAGCUCGGCGCCUCAUUCGAUCACCCGAGUUCGUUCUCAGAAUGGAUAUGGAGUCUCCGAUGAUACCUCUGAGAAGGAUGAGCCCACCGCCAACAGCCCGGGUAACGAUGAAGAUGACUCCUUUUUGGUGGGAUGGGAUGGAGGUGACAGUGACCCGUUGUGUCCUCGCAGCUUCAACGCAGCGCGCAAGUGGUUGAUAGUAUCCAUUGUGUCUAGCGCUAGUUUCUGCGUGACAAGCGCCAGUUCGAUCUACACAUCGACAUACCAGCAGAUGGAGGCGGAAUUCGGCAACUCGAGAAUCGUCUCAGUCCUGGGUCUGUCCACAUUUGUUCUGGGCAUCGCUCUGGGGCCCAUGUUCUUCAGUCCUCUGAGCGAGUUCUAUGGCCGGCGGCCCAUCUACUUGGUUGCAUGGUCUCUCUAUGUCAUCUGGAUCAUCCCACAAGCGGUGGCUAAGAACGUUGCGACCAUGAUUGUUUGCCGUUUUCUGGAUGGCUUCGCCGGGAGUACGUUCCUGGCUGUCUCCGGGGGUACAGUCGGCGAUUUGUUCACCAGAGAACAGCUACAGGUCCCCAUGGCCGUAUUUUCCAUUGCGCCGUUCCUUGGUCCCUGCGUUGGGCCAUUACUCGGUGGCUUCAUUAAUUACAAUACGCACUGGCGUUGGACAUACUACGUUCUAUUGAUAUGGGGGUUCGUUUUAUUAUUGGCCAUCGUGUUUCUAUGCCCUGAGACAUACCACCCCAUUAUCCUAAAGAAGAAGGCGCAGAUGCUUCGAAAGAAGACUAAUGACGAGCGAUGGGUUGCACCUACGGAGAGGACGAAGAAGUCGGUCCUAGCAGCAGUCGGCCGAUCACUGCUGCGGCCCUUCCAGCUAUUGAUAUUCGAAUUCAUGGUGCUGAGCCUCUGCAUCUACUCAGCCAUCCUCCUCGGAAUCCUUUACCUCUUCUUUGGUGCCUUCCCCCUUGUUUUCGGGACCAUCUACCAGUUCAACCUGUGGCAAAUCGGCCUGUCGUUCAUGGGGAUAGGAGCCGGUUUGCUGGUUGGUAUAGGCACUGACCCCGUGUGGCACCGCGUCAGAAGCAGGCUCAUGCGCAGGCUCGAAGCGGAGACGGGCAUCCAGGGGGCGAGCGAGCCUGAAUUCCGCUUGCCACCUGCUAUCGCCGGUGCGCUCCUCGUGCCCGCCGGGAUCUUCAUGUUUGGGUGGUCUGCCUAUCCGUGGGUGCAUUGGAUUGUCCCCAUUAUUGGAUCGGCCAUUUUUGGAACCGGAGUCAUCUUGGUGUUUACAGGGAUCUUUACCUUUCUUGUGGACGCAUACCCCCAAUCUGCAGCGAGCGCACUGGCUGCCAAUGCCUUUGUACGAUGUACUUUUGCAGCUGCAUUCCCCUUGUUUGGAAACCAAAUGUACGUGGCCCUGGGCAACCACUGGGCAACCUCGCUGCUCGCCUUUCUCACCGUGGCAAUGCUGCCGUUCCCGUACAUCUUCUUCAAGUACGGCAGGAGGCUUCGACGCAGGAGUCGCUACGCCAAGUCGUAA